GAGGGGGGUAAACACAACGAACACGCGUACACAAAAAUAUUGGCGAAAACCCGAGGGGUAAAAGGGGAAAGGCGACGGCCGCCUGGAGGAGCGAGAGGGCGGAAGAGCGGCAGCCGCAGCUCGUUGAUGGUGGUUAGGGUUUCGCCGCCCGCGCCCUCCACCAGCUGAAGAGCCACCCGGCGGCGGAAAGAGGCUACCGCCUCGCUCACCCUGCGACGCUCCGGGGGGCAAAUAGGCGGCAGGCAGCGGCGGCACGGCCCGAUGGCGGAGCAGGAGCGGAGGGACGCGGAGGCGGGGGGCGACGCCGCGGCGGCGACGCACACCAGCAACAUGCAGCGUGUCAAAGUAUACCGUUUGGCUGAUGGUGGGAAGUGGGAUGAUCAAGGAACAGGGCAUGUUUCAAUUGAGUACAUUGAGGGUUCAAAAGAACUUGGUUUGACCGUUUUGGAUGAAGAGGACAAUGAAACACUACUUGUGCACAACAUCACAUCUGACGACAUUUACAGAAAACAAGAAGAAACGAUAAUUUCAUGGAGGGAUCAUGAAGCAGCAACUGACUUAGCACUAAGCUUUCAGGAAGCUGCAGGAUGCUCCUACAUAUGGGAACACAUAUGUGACAUUCAGAGAAACCUACAGUUCAGUAACCUUGGUGCUCUGGAAGUUGGUCCUCGUCAAGCAUCAGAAUCUCUAGAAGCCUCUAGAAUAAUGCACUCAAAUGACGAUUCGUUCCGCUCUGCUAAUGGUGAAUUCAGGGAGCUUCCCCCUGUUGAGUUAUCUAAUCUUCCUUUCAUUCUAAAGACUGUAUUAGAGGGCGGCAUUACGGAUCAGAUUCGCGUGGCAGAGUUGAUAACACAAGAUCGUGACUUUUUUCCAAAGCUAGUGGACAUGUUCAGAAUGUGCGAGGAUUUAGAGAACCUAGAUGAUCUUCACAUGAUUUUCAAAUUAGUCAAGGGAAUAAUAUUGUUGAACAGUCCAUCGAUCUUUGACAAGAUCUUCUCUGAUGAGUUUAUUCUUGACAUAAUAGGUGCCCUUGAAUAUGACCCAGAGGUUCCAAGAGUGCAAAGGCACCGUGCUUUUCUAAAGGAUCAUGUAGUUUUCAAAGAGGCCAUACAUAUUGAAAACAUUUCUGUGGUUUCGAAGAUACAUCAAACAUACAGAAUAGGCUAUCUUAAGGAUGUUAUACUACCACGAAUAUUGGAUGAUGCCACUCUAGCAAGUCUGAACACAAUGAUACACACAAAUAAUGCUUCUGUUAUUUCCUUACUAAAGGAUGAUGCUCUUUUUAUCAGACAGCUCUUUGCUAGGAUGAGAUCAUCAGAUAUUUCUAUGGAAUCGAAACGAGAACUGGUUCUGUUCUUGCAUGAAUUUUGCACUCUUAGUAAGAGCUUACAACUUGUUCAGCAGUUGCGACUGUUUCGGGAUCUUUCAGGUGAAGGCGUUUUUGAAAUAAUUUCUGAUGUGUUGCAAAGUCACGAUAGAAAAAUUGUUUCAGCUGGGACAGAUAUCCUUAUACUUUUUCUUAAUCAGGACCCUAACCUAUUGAGGUCAUAUAUUGUUCAGCAAGAAGGAAAUUCUCUUCUAGGACUUCUGGUUAAAGGCAUGGUAACUGACUUUGGCGAGGAAAUGCAUUGUCAGUUUCUAGAAAUCCUUCGAAUAUUGAUGGAUUCUUUCACUAUGUCUGGAGCACAUAGGGAUGUCAUUAUCGAGAUUUUCUACGAAAGGCAUCUUGACUAUUUGGUUGAUGUAAUAGCAUCCUCUUGUCCCCUAAGGAGCAUUUCUCGAUCACAAUCUAACUCCGUAGGUGCUGGUAGAAAUGCUGGAGGACACCGAAUCAAGCCUGAGAUUUUGUUGAAUGUUUGUGAGCUAUUGUGCUUUUGCGUAGUUCAUCAUCCUUACAAAAUUAAGUGUAAUUUUCUCAUGAACAAUGCUAUCGAGAAAAUCCUUGCAUUGACUCGACGGAGGGAGAAGUUUUUGGUUGUAGCAGCUGUUAGGUUUAUGCGUACUAUUAUAUCCAGAAAUGAUGAGCAGCUUAUUCGCCAUGUUGUGAAGUUCAACUUGUUGAAACCAAUAAUUGAUGUGUUUGUUGAAAAUGGGGAUAAAUAUAAUAUGCUACAUUCAGGAGUACUCGAAUUGUUGGAAUACAUUCGAAAGGAAAAUAUAAAAGCUCUCGUUACCUAUGUUACUGAGUCUUUCUGGGAUCAACUUACAAAGUUUGAACACUUUGGGAGUAUUCAGGCCUUCAAACUCAAGUAUCAACAGUAUCUGGAGAGUGCUGAACCGAGAUUGAGUGCUAGUGUACCUGAUGUGAGAAAGAAAGCAGAACAAAGAGGUCUUGAGAAGGAAGAGGAAGACUACUUCAACGAGGACAGUGAUGAAGAGGAUUCAGGCUCUGGCCGGCGGGCUAAACAUGCACAGAACCAGCAUAGCAAGGCUAAGGUGCCCAAUGGAAGUGAAGCUGAUAAUGUUGAAGGCGCCUCUAGGCCUAAAUCUGCUGGACUUGUGGACUAUGAUGACGAUGACGAUGAGGACUUCAAUCCACCGCCAAAGGAGCCUGCUAGGCCUUCAGAGGAUGAUGUGCCCUUAAAUAUAUCCACAGUGAAAAGGAGACCAGUGAACACGAUGGAUGGGAAACAUGCAGAUGGGGACGGUCGCAAGAGGCAAAAGAUAGAAACCAGAAUUAGUUGUGCUAAAAUUGCUGCGGUCACUAGUACGGCUAGUAAGCACACAGAUCUACAGAACAAACAUGCUCCCGAGUCGCCUACAUCAAGCACAUCAAGUACUGAAGCCAAUGGUGAUCUUAGGCAGCACGACACAAACUCCCAGGAGCAUCAACAUUCCGUCGAGAAUGCAGAAGCUUCCCGGCAAGCUGGAGGUGAUUGUAUAAAAGAUGUGGGCAGUAUGUCUACCGAGAAGGCUGUAAAUACCACAAACCCAAGUGAUUCGGAGCCUUAUUCAGUAAGAUGA